AUGGCUUCGAUACUGUCUGAUGGUUCUUUAACCGAUGUGUCUUCCUUGAGCUCACCUUCUUCGGAUUCAUAUGAUAGUUCGGGAAAUUCUUCACCAAACGUAAAGUUACGAUAUCAAAAGGGAGAAGAAGCAUUAUGUUAUCAUGGUCCCACAGUAUAUGUAGCGCAAAUCUUGGACACGAGGAUAAUAUACACGAGCAAAGUGGGAGAAGUGGGACCACAAUAUCACGUACAUUACAAAGGAUGGAAUAAGAAAUGGGAUGAGUGGGUACCCGAAUCAAGGUUACUUAAGAAGACUCAAGAAAAUAUAGACAUGUCAAAGGAAGAUGAUAGUGACCCGGAAGGGGGUGGGGAUAAGAAGAAUUCAAAAUUACGUUCGAAAAGGAUUCGAUUAUCCGUUGAUGUGAAUAUCGAGGAGAAGGUUAGGAUGGUCGAUGAAUGGCAAUGGAUAACCAAAAAUCAAUUGAUUAUACAUCCCAUGCCAAGAGAAAAGACAGUUGAUGAUAUCUUAAAGGAAUUUUUAGAUUGGUAUUUGGAAAGGUUAAGAGAACGGAAUAAGAUUACCAAACAACAAGAGUUGGACGUGGAGGAUGAUGUAGAAGAUUUUAAAGAAUUUUUUAAUGAGGUUCUACCGGUCAAUCUGCUUUAUCGUUUCGAAAGGCAGCAAUUUGUUGAAUUAGUUGAAAAAUAUCCCGAACUUUCUUAUUCUUCAAUUUAUGGCGCGGAACAUUUAAUGCGCCUUAUUGUAAAGAUCCCAGAUCUUGUCUUUUCCGUACAAAUGAAGGAAGAAAAGGCCGAGGAGAUACAGGUUUUGAUCAGAGAGAUGGUGGAAUUCAUUCAACUUAAAUGUAAACCUUAUUAUGCUACUCAAUAUGAGCCUGCUGAUCCCGCUUACAUCAGAAUCAUCUGGGAAUACUAA